CGUGGCAGGCGUGAAAGAUGGAGGUGUUCAACUGACAUGGAACAUACGAGACACGGUUCCGACUCGAGCGAUGUGGCUGUACGCUGUGCAAGAGUCUCUUCUUGAAAGCUGCGCUGAUGCGCCGUAGAAAGGAGAGCAACAUGGUGGAAGUAUGUCGAGUGGCCCCGAAUGAUGAAAAUGCGCGAUGACAGAUCUGGCAGGAUCAAAGGUGAAUCGGACGAUUGACAAAAGGCACUGCUCGUGGUCGAGGGACAAGCGUGAAGAGGGAGGGCAAGACGCGUCGACGCGGUUGAAGUACGGGCGCUUAUAUUCGUCGCUCGCGGAGUGCGGAGUGUCUGCUGCAAUGCCACCAUUCGCCAUUGCAAUCUCAUGUGGCGAGUGGCGUCGAAUAUGGCAGACAAAUUCGUCAAAAAUUGUCACGCACUCCAGGCGGUUUCUAAAGAAUAAUGCAUGCAGUCCAUAUAGCAUGGAGGAGAGCAUCAUGAAGUCUCUGGAGCAGUGUGUUCUGUUGGGCAAAGGCGAAGGAGAAAGAACGCAUGCAGGCGCGACGCAAACACGUUUUUGCCAGGCGGUAACGCGUCUGUGGCUCUCGCACCACUCACGUUCGAACGCGUCCCACGUAAGCUCCAAAAGCAAUGGGAUGUAAAUCAGACGUUAUAUACAUUGAAACCCUGAGACAAAUUUGUGCAGACCCCUUAUC